AUGUAUUUCCUAGUUGGAUCUGGUCAAAUGGUUGGUACUGAUGCAUCUCUCGAGUCAGCUGAACAAAAGACAGUGAUAUUCAGCAUUUCACGUAGAAACCCGGCUUAUGGAGCUCUCCUUGCCCUUUCUGCUUCCGGUUUCAGCGUUGAAAAAUCGGUUGUUUUCACUGACGAAAUGCUUAACGAAAUGAUGCUAGAUGAAAGGAAAUACACAAAUGACGCUUCCAUUGCACGUUUCAUUGUACGCAGUUCUGAUAAGGCCGGUGAUUUGUUUGGUAGAGAUGUUAUUGAACAAGCUGAGGUUGAUUGCUGGGUAACAAUGGUCGAACGGUAUUUACAGCAUGGUAUUCUGGGAGAUUUGAUGAAAUCAGCUGAAGAAAAAUUAAAAACUAGUCUAUAUCUGUGCCUAAAUCGACUUACGCUUGCGGAUAUUAUGCUGUGGACCAUUAUAGCUGCAGAUGCUAAGACUCAACAACAGAAGCCUUUCUCGGCACUCUUCGAAAAUAUACUACAUGAUCCUUUAUUUGCUGAUGCACAUAAUGCUGUUGGCAAAUUUCAAACAGGAACUCCAGAAAAGUCAGGAAACAGAAUAAUGAAGUCGAAAAUUACAACAGCUGUCAAAGGCCAAAAUGAAGCAAAAAAAAGUGGUGAAGGGAAGAAAGCAAAAGAUCAAGUAAAGGACGAGGGGAAAUUUAUAGAAUUGCCAGGUGCAGAAAAAGGAAAAGUGGUUGUUCGAUUCCCACCGGAAGCCAGUGGAUAUUUGCACAUCGGACAUGCUAAAGCAGCUCUUUUAAAUCAGUAUUAUCAGCAGGCUUUUGAAGGGAAGUUGAUUAUGCGAUUUGAUGAUACGAAUCCAGCAAAAGAGAAUGCCCAUUUUGAGCAAGUGAUUUUGGAAGAUUUGAAAAUGUUAGAAGUGAAACCAGACAGAUGGACACAUACAUCUGACUAUUUUGAUUUGAUAUUGGAAAUGUGUGAUCGUUUGUUGCAAGAAGGGAAAGCAUAUGUUGACGAUACAGACGCCGAGUUGAUGAGGAAAGAACGCGAAGAGCGUAAGGAAAGCCGAUGCCGUAAUAAUACUCCGGAGCAAAAUUUGGCGUUGUGGGGAGAAAUGAAAAAAGCAACUGAAAAAGGACAAAAAUGUUGUGUUCGAAUCAAAAUUGAUAUGCAAAGCAACAACGGCGCAAUGCGUGACCCAACAAUUUAUCGCUGUAGGGCAGAAACUCAUGUUCGAACUGGAAAUAAAUAUAAGGUUUAUCCAACAUACGAUUUUGCGUGUCCUAUAGUGGAUAGUGUUGAAGGUGUUACACAUGCUCUUCGUACUACAGAAUAUACAGAUCGUGAUGAGCAGUACUAUUUUAUUUGUGACGUACUAGGACUUAGAAAACCAUAUAUUUGGUCAUAUGCUCGAUUAAAUAUGACAAAUACCGUAAUGAGUAAACGGAAACUUACAUGGCUUGUCGAUGAACAUCAUGUAGAAGGAUGGGAUGAUCCACGACUGCCAACUGUGCGAGGUGUAAUGCGACGCGGUUUAACGGUUGAAGGCUUGAAACAGUUUAUUGUUGCUCAAGGUGGUAGUCGUGCCAUCGUCAUGAUGGAAUGGGAUAAAAUCUGGUCUUUCAAUAAAAAGGUGAUUGAUCCAGUUGCUCCUCGUUAUACUGCUCUUGCUUGUGCAGAAAACCUUGUUCAAGUAACAGUUAUGGAUGAUAUGGCUGAAGAGUCAAGGAAAGUAUCUUUACAUCCAAAGAAUAUUGAAGUUGGGGCGAAAACUGUCUGGUAUAGUAAAAAGAUUUUGGUGGAAGAAGUUGAUGCACGGGAAAUGAAAAUUGGUGAUACGGUGACAUUUAUCAAUUGGGGAAAUAUUAAAAUUUGUGACAUAUUAAAAGACGGUGAUAAAAUAACAGAAAUCAAAGCAAAAUUAGAUUUAGAAAACAAGGAUUACAAAAAGACAUUAAAAGUAACGUGGAUUGCUGAUACGAUGCUAGGACCACAGAUUCCGGUAAAAAUCAUUGAGUAUUCUCAUAUUAUCAGUAAGGCUGUUAUUGGGAAAGAAGAAGACUGGAAGCAGUUCGUCAAUUAUGAUUCUAUGAAAUAUCUCGACUUCAUUGGUGAACCUGCCAUGAAAGAAAUACGUAAAGGUGAUAUUAUCCAGUUGCAACGUAAAGGAUACUGUAUAUGCGAUUCAGCAUAUACGUCAAAAAGCGAAUAUUCUGGAGUUGAAGUGCCGAUUGUUCUUAUUCUCAUACCAGAUGGCAGCAAUAAAUCUGUUAAACUAACUCAAACGGCGACAGAGGAGAAUUCUUCCACCGCAAAAUUGGAAAUGACGCACAGUAGCAUUCAAAUAAAUGAAAAUGCAUCAGCAAGUCACGUGGACAUAUAUAAACUUGGUGAGCAAAUAAAGGAGCAAGGUGACUUGGUCAGAUCCUUGAAAGCAGCUGACCCGAAAGGCAUGAAAACUAAAGAAGCGAUUGCUGUUCUUUUGAAUCUAAAAAAAGCUUAUCAAGAAUUGUCUGCGAACAAUAACAAUGCUGACAAACUACUCUCAUCAGACAAUGGCAAAGACUUGUAUCAGAUCAUUGAAGAACAAGGAAAGAUUGUUCGGUCUUUGAAAGCUGCUAAUCCUAAAAGUGAUGAAACUAAAGCUGCCAUAUCAAAGUUACUGGAUCUUAAAAAGCAGUACAAGGAAAGGACCGGUUCAGAAUAUAAGCCAACGUCAACAAUUUCAUCGCAAGAACAAAAGCAACUGAUGACGGAACGAAAAAGCAUAGAGGAGCUGUUCAAACAAAUUGGGGAACAAGGCAAUAUAGUUCGUACAUUAAAAGCAGCGAAUCCAAAAAGCGAAGAAGCAAAAGUAGCUAUAGCGAAGCUUUUGGAUUUGAAGCAAAAGUAUAAGGAAAUGGCAGGGAUGGAAUAUAAACCAAAAAAUAUGCUUGUUACGCCAAGCGAUAAUAAACUGAAAUGUGAUAUCGUAGAGUGUAAGGAAACAUUUGCAAGGAAAAUAGCUCAACAAGGCGAUUUGGUGAGAUCUUUGAAAACAAAAGAUGCAAAAGCGCAGGAAACGAAGGAUGCGAUAGCAGAGUUAUUAAGGUUGAAAAAGCAGUACAAGGAUGAAUUUGGUGAGGAAUAUACAGCAAGUACUACUAAUGUAAAUGCUUCCGUUCCGAAGGAGGUUGUGGAAAGUCGAAAAGAUGAAGGUAAAAAAACGAAGAAGGAAGAAGUCGAAUCUAAAAUGGCAAUGACAUCAGUAAGGAUGAUGGAGACGACAAAGCAAACAAAACUAGGCCUUGAUGUUAAAAAAGAAGAAAAUUUAGCGGAAUGGUAUUCGCAGAUCAUAGUAAAAGCGGAUAUGAUCGAAUAUUACGAUGUAUCAGGUUGCUAUAUAUUGCGUCCAUGGUCAUUUGCGAUUUGGGAAAUAAUUAAAAAAUGGUUUGAUACAGAAAUUAAGAAACUUGGCGUACGCAAUUGUUAUUUUCCAAUAUUCGUUUCACAGAAUGCGUUGCAAAGAGAAAAAGAACAUAUUGCUGAUUUUGCUCCAGAGGUCGCUUGGAUAACGCGAGCUGGAAAUUCCGAAUUAAGUGAACCAAUUGCAAUACGUCCAACUAGUGAAACGGUAAUAUAUCCAAGUUAUGCGAAAUGGAUUCAAUCCUAUCGUGAUUUACCUCUUCGUUUGAAUCAGUGGUGCAAUGUUGUGCGCUGGGAAUUCAAGCAUCCGACGCCAUUUUUACGAACACGUGAAUUUUUAUGGCAAGAGGGACACACAGCUUUUCAGACGAAGCAAGAAGCUGAGAACGAAGUUUUUAUAAUUCUGGAUUUAUAUGCGAAAGUUUAUACAGAUUUGCUUGCCAUACCGGUAACAAAAGGUCGAAAGUCAGAAAAAGAAAAGUUUGCUGGUGGUGACUUUACAACUACCGUUGAAGCGUAUGUCCCAGUUAAUGGCCGAGGUAUUCAGGGCGCUACAUCUCAUCAUCUUGGACAAAAUUUCUCCAAAAUGUUUGACAUUUCGUUCGAGGAUCCGGAAUCUGGUGCGAAAACAUUUGCAUGGCAAAAUAGCUGGGGUAUGACGACAAGAACAAUUGGGGCAAUGAUUAUGAUUCAUAGUGAUAACGAUGGUCUUGUGCUACCUCCGAGAGUUGCACCUAUCCAGGUGAUAAUCAUACCGGUUGGCAUCACGUCGCAAAUGGAUAAGCAAAUAAAGCAAGAAAUAUUCAUAAAAGCGGAAGAAAUCAUGAGGAUUCUUGAAAAUUCCAGAAUUCGGGUCGACACUGAUUUGCGCGAUAAUUACUCACCUGGAUGGAAGUUUAAUCAUUGGGAGUUGAAGGGUGUUCCGAUUAGGCUUGAACUUGGGCCGAAGGAUAUUAAAAAAUCUCAGGUCACAUGUGUUAUUCGUUAUAAUAGGCAAAAAUCAGUCAUUCCGAUCGAUAGUUUAUCAGCAAGGUGUUCUGAAUUAUUAGACGAGAUACAUACCAACAUGUAUGCAAACACGAAAAGGAUAUAUGAUCAACAUCAGAAAAUUACCACAAGUUGGUCGGAAUUCAAAGAAUUGCUAGACCAGAAAUGUUUAAUUUUGGCUGCAUUCUGUGGCCUUCCACAUUGUGAAGAUAACAUCAAAAAGGAUAGUUCUAACGACGAAUGCGGUGAAGCAGGGGCAUCAGUGAUGGGCGCUAAAACAUUAUGCAUACCACUGGAACAGCCUUCGGAAAAGUUACCAAUGCAAUGUAUACAUCCAAAGUGCAAGGAACAACCCGAAUUUUACGCACUUUUUGGCCGCAGCUAUUGACAAGACCUUAUUCAACUUUUUCUACGUUUCAUGAGAAAAGAAUUAAGAAAAUUGAGCUGCUUAUUAAUUUAUAGGUAUCAACAUUUGCAGAACGAGGAAGGAGAGAUUUAUGCCUUAUUACCCAGCUACCUAGUGCGCUUUGUUAAGCAAUUAUCCUACACAGUGUCGUGGAGGCUUACCGCUUAAAUUGGUAUUCACAAAAUAGUCAUAUGAUUUCCUUAUCUCAGUCUUCCGUAGGUUCUUCAGUUGAUAUUGACAUUAUGAUGUUUUCUCAUCUAAAAAACAUUUGUUCAUUUUCAUUUAUUUCUCUGCCCUCUUUCCUCUUCUCUUCCUACCUGUUUUUUGCCCUUUCCCUCGACACAGAUAAUAAUGUCAAAGCACUGUGGCCCUAAACUGAAGUACCAUACUUACUAUGCCAUAUAAUUUG